UGCCUUCAAAGAACUAUGUAUGGUACCGUGGACUCUACUUAGACAAAAGACUUACUUGGAACAUACAUACGAAUCUGACAAUUCGCGCAGAACUUACCAGACGAUAUAGCCAACUUUCACAUCUUCUGGACUACAGA